CUCUCUCGCAGUAUGACUCCACUGAGGGAUCAGGAGUAAGAGAAACUCGUCUCAAGUGCUCAAAUAGCUGCAAGAUUUGCGCACUUCGCAUUAUAAAUAAGGUUACUCUGGGGAUGUAGCUAUGUAUCAUGACCCAGCAGCUCUUUGGCUUGUCUGUUUCUUGUCAGAAGGUCUGAUGUCCAGACUCUGUGCUCUUCCAUGUAUGGUCCAGUGGAACUCUCCUUGACCAUUAGAUGGACUACAAACAGUUCCAGCAGUUACUGCGGCCGCACCUCAAAACUCCCUUACCUUGACCCUUGACCCCUUAGCUUUAAACCCUCACCCCUGACCCAUACUCUUAGCCUCUAGCCCCUCACUCCUCCUAAUCCUUAACCUUACUCCCCCUCUCCCUUCCCUCCCUCCCUCCCUUCCUUCCUCUCAUCUCUUGUCCUCUCCUGACCUUUCCUCUCCUCCCCUCUCCACCAUGUUAUCCCGUAUCACCACAGUCCUCUUAGCUGUUUUGUGUCGAUGUGUGCUGGUGUCUCUCGGGGUGGACCCCCCUCACCCCCGUCGCGAGAUCCGGAUCGAGGGUGACCUGGUUCUGGGGGGGCUGUUCCCAGUCCAUGAGAAGGGGGGAGGGAUAGAGGAGUGUGGGAGGGUGAACGAGGACAGGGGGAUCCAGAGGUUGGAGGCCAUGCUGUUUGCUAUAGACAGGAUCAACUCUGAUCCUACUCUACUGCCUGGAGUCAGUCUGGGAGUUCACAUACUGGACACCUGUUCUAGAGAUACAUACGCACUGGAACAGGCGCUGGAGUUUGUACGUGCGUCUCUGACCAAGGUGGACGAUACAGAGUUUAUCUGUCCUGAUGGAUCCUACGCGCUACAGGACGACAGUCCCCUGGCAAUCGCUGGAGUUAUAGGAGGAUCCUAUAGCAGCGUGUCUAUACAGGUGGCCAACCUACUGCGCCUCUUCCAGAUCCCUCAGAUCAGCUAUGCCUCCACCAGUGCCAAGCUCAGUGACAAGACGCGCUAUGACUACUUUGCCCGCACGGUGCCCCCUGACUUCUACCAGGCCAAAGCCAUGGCAGAGAUCCUGCGGCUGUUCAACUGGACCUACGUGUCCACGGUGGCAUCAGAGGGAGACUACGGAGAGACGGGCAUAGAGGCUUUCGAACAGGAAGCACGUAUGAGGAACAUCUGCAUCGCUACCUCUGAGAAGGUGGGGCGCUCUAACGCUAAGAAGUCAUAUGAGGCAGUGAUCAGGCAACUCCUCCAGAAGCCCAAUGCCCGCGUGGCAGUUCUCUUCCUGAGGAGUGAUGACGCUCGAGAACUCCUCUCUGCCGCCGCACGACUCAACACCACCUUCAUCUGGGUGGCCAGUGAUGGCUGGGGGGCACAGGAAAGCAUUGUCAAGGGCAACGAGGCCACGGCCGACGGGGCAAUUACCCUGGAACUGGCGGCCAAUCCCGUGCCGGCUUUCAACCGCUACUUCCUGUCUCUGGAUCCAAUCAACAACCGCCGCAACCCCUGGUACCGGGAAUUCUGGGAGCAGAAGUUCCAGUGCUCACUUGGCGGAGGAGGAGGUGGGGCAGGAGGAGUAGGGUCAGGGGGGAUGGUGUCUCUCUCCCUCCCUCCCUGUGAGAAGGGUGUGUCGGUGGAUAAUAGUAACUUUGAGCCGGAGUCCAAGAUCAUGUUUGUGGUGAAUGCGGUAUACGCCAUGGCCCACGCCCUCCAUAAGAUGCAGAGAACAUUGUGUUCCAACACCACCAAGCUCUGUGACAGCAUGAAGGCUCUGGAUGGACGCAAGCUCUACAGAGACUACCUCCUCAACAUCAGCUUCACAGCUCCCUUCUCUCCUCUCGGCAGUGAGACUGUGGUGAAGUUUGAUCCCUAUGGCGACGGGAUGGGACGUUACAACAUCUUCAGUUACCAGCGCAACGCUGAUCGCUAUGGCUACGUGCCCAUCGGCGAGUGGGCAGAGACUCUGAGCCUGAGCAGUGACCUGAUUCGCUGGCCAAGGGAGGUGGUGCCCCCAUCCCAGUGCAGUGACCCAUGUGCCCGCAAUGAGAUGAAGAAGAUGCAGGCUGGAGAGUACUGUUGUUGGAUCUGUACUGCAUGUGAGGCUCAUGAGUACCUAGCUGAUGAGUUCACCUGUUCGCCCUGCGCCCCCGGCCAGUGGCCCAGUGAAGACCUCACUUUCUGCUAUGACCUGCCCGAGGACUACAUCAUGUGGGAGGACGCCUGGGCCAUCGGACCCAUCAGCAUCGCCAUUGUCGGGUUCCUCUGUACAUCUCUGGUGUUCUGGGUGUUUGUGAGACACAACAACACGCCCCUGGUGAAGGCGUCAGGCAGAGAGUUGUGUUACAUCCUGCUGCUGGGUGUCUUCAUGUCCUACUCCCUCACCUUCCUCUUCCUGGCCAAGCCCUCUCCUACUAUCUGCGCCAUGCGACGCCUCGGCCUAAGCACCUCAUUCGCUGUCUGCUACUCAGCCCUGCUCACUAAGACCAAUCGGAUCGCCCGGAUCUUCAGCGGGGUAAAGGACGGGGGCGGGACCACAAGGCCUCGCUUCAUAAGCCCCACCUCUCAGGUGUUUAUCUGUCUCAGUCUGAUAUCGGUCCAGUUAGUGAUGGUGUCUGUGUGGUUGCUGCUGGAGGUUCCUGGUACCAGGAGGUUUACGUUACCGGAGCGACGGCAGACAGUGAUCCUGAAGUGUAACGUCCGUGACUCCAGCAUGCUGCUGUCACUAGUAUAUGACGUGCUCCUGGUCAUCCUGUGUACCGUGUACGCCUUCAAGACCAGGAAGUGUCCAGAGAACUUCAAUGAGGCUAAAUUCAUUGGAUUUACCAUGUACACAACCUGUAUCAUCUGGCUAGCCUUCCUACCCAUAUUCUACGUCACAUCCAGUGACUACAGGGUCCAGACCACCACCAUGUGUAUCUCUGUCAGUCUCAGUGGUUUCGUGGUGUUGGGCUGUAUGUUCGCUCCCAAGGUCCACAUCAUCAUGUUCCAACCACAGAAGAACGUCACCAGUCUCCGCCUCAAUAUCAACCGCUUCAGUGUCAGUGGUCCUGCCACCACAUGCGCUUCACACGUGAGUGCCCAGUAUGUACCGACUGUGUGUAAUGGGAGAGAAAUUGUUGACUCCACCACUUCCUCUCUGUGACCCCACCCACUCACCUCUCUAUCCCCACCCCCCAGAGACUUAGUCAAUAGGCACACAUUGUGCCCCCCUGUCCCCUCUCCCACCACGUGGACUAGCACAGUACCAUUUCAUGUCUGUAGAAAGUGUGCAUUAUGAUUAAAUUAUUUUCUAGUGCUGUACAUAUCAUGGAAUCAACAUUGUUGUAGACAUACAAAAGAACAAGAGAAAAUUUGUAGGAGGAUUUUUUGACGCUUUGUUUUUGAUAGCUUUGUUAAAAGGCUGUGUUAAUUUAUUUAUAACUGUGUUAGGGUUGUGAUAGGAGUGUGUUGUGUAUGUGUGUUAGGGUUGUGAUAGGAGUGUGUUGUGUGUUAGGGUUGUGAUAGGAGUGUGUUGUGAUAGGAGUGUGUUGUGUGUGUUAGGGUUGUGAUAGGAGUGUGUUGUGUGUGUGUGUGUUAGGGUUGUGAUAGGUAAUGCUGACAUCACCGGCCACGUGUGUGCGUCUGCAUGUGCCAUUGCGCGCAUGUUGAUUUUGUACAUCCACACCAGACGCGAUCGUGACAUGCAGGUUGAAAUAUCAAAACCAAACUAUAUUAAUUUGGAGGCAGGUCGAAACAUUCAUGGACAUUUAGCUAGCUAGCUGUUGAGACUGCUAGUUAGUCCUGGGAGAUGCACAUUGGGUUGAUAUUUUACCUGACAUGCAUAUGGUCUUCUAACUUUAACAUUUUGACCCGGAGUCAUACAAAAUCUUGUUUCUCUACUCUGACGAUUAAUCCACAGAUAAAAAAUGAAAACCUACUUAGUUUUGUUAUAUUUAAUUAAUCUCUCCUCCUGUGUUUGUCAAGCAUCCACGUGGGUCUGUAUCUUCCUGAUAUUCAAUAAGGAGGGGACUUGCAGUCCGUGGAGCGUCUCAAAUAGAACCAAGUUCUAUUUUAGCGUGUGGCUAUGCAGACGCUCGUUCAAGCGCGUGAGCGGUGCGUACGAAAUUAUUGAAUAAUAUAUACUGUAUGUGUCCAUUUAUUUUGCAACACUCGUGCACACAAUGUGGCCUGUGAGGUUAGAGUUGUGAUAGGAGUGUGUGUGUGUGUGUGUGUGUGUGUGUGUGUGUGUUAGGUGUGUCUGAAAACAGAUGUUCUGUACGAGUAGUGGCUGCAACAGCCUCACCUGCAAUAGCCCACAGACUUUCUACUCUUGUGCUUUUUUUGUAGGUCUCAUUGUAAUAACCCAGUCAGUAUGCAUUUGUAUGUUGUAUCUGUAUAUUUGUAUAUAUAAUUACUGAUGGUUGGAACAGCACAAUGUUGACAGUAUUAUGUAACUCCAGUAGGAUUCCCACUACUGUGGACUGACUGUGGAUGAAGCUCUGUGAGUGUUGACUAGCCCAUAGGAAUAGAAUGGCUGGAACGGACGGACGUAGUCUCUAAUUCAUAUAGUAUGUUGAAUCACACAUUUGCUCUUAUUAUAGCAGAAUAGUAUCAAAUAUGUAUUGAACUUUCCCAAUAUGGCAGCCAGUCCACCCAAUAUGGACUGUGGUUUUGAACUGGAAUGUUCCUUCUACUCAUUCUAAUUCCAUGGGACAGCCACUAUGGCCAUAGUAACAGACGUGUGUACAACAACAACGUUUCUAUUUAACUGGUAUUUCCGCAUCAAACGUUAGCAUCAGUGUGACAACUCAAGGUAGUUCAUUAAAAGUGACUCUUUCCAA